AUGGCCUCACACAGCAACAGUGUUUCUAGUGAUGAUUCUGACGUGCCACUCGCAGAAAUUUUAACAAAACGCCCUAGGAUUGCACGAGGAAACCUUUCUGAAUAUUCUUCAGACAGUUCAGAUGAAAUCAUACCUUUUCAUUGCCUUUCCACACGCAGCACUCGCAUUUUAUCCAGUAGUGAAGACGAAGAUACUGAACCUUCUAUAAACAAUAUGACUACUUCGCAUAUAGAUUGGGCUGAUCCCAUCGGAAACCAACCGCGCCUUACGCCUUUCGUUGGUACACCUGGUUUCAAAACAUGCAAUCAAACUUACGAAAAACCGGAAGAUAUUUAUUUUUUGUUUAUGAGUGAUGAAUUCUUCGAUCUUGUCGUUUCAGAAACGAAUCGGUAUGCGCAACAAUGUCUAUCUAAACAAACAUCGUAUCGAUUAGAUGAAUGGAUAGCAACAGACAAAAACGAGAUAAAACGGUUUUUUGGACUUAUUAUGUGGAUGGGAAUUGUAAAGCUUCCAGAAAUAAGUUUGUAUUGGUCUAAAGAUCCAGCAUAUUCGCAGACUCUUCCACCUUCAAUAAUGUCAAGAAAUCGGUUUGAACUUUUGCUACGAAUGUUGCAUUUUAACAACAAUGACAAGGAAAAU